AAGAGGAGACGGUAUGUUUUUUUCUGGCCACGUCCGUAUCUAUUAGUUUGCGAGAUGCCACUCUGUAUACACCCAUGAGAUUUAUUUCCGUGUGGUUACUGGACAUAAGCAACGAACUAUUGUAGCUAUCUACUCACGCUGAAUUAAUACAGGCGUACGCCCACCCCGGAAUCUCUCUCUCCCCAGCCGCAGUCAUAUUCGAUCUCACAAAAGGACCCGUCUCCAUCGCUGUUUCCGCCUCCCAGUGAGGAUGACCAGGGACCACUAGGGGCUGAUAGUUUGAUGGACUACAUUCGAACGUUCAACGGCGGUGGGUCGGGAUCGCUGUGCAAGCUGCAUAUUUGGGAGCGGACUGGAGCACCUCCAUCGCAACGGCAGGCUACUCCUAUCGGCGCUGUUGUAUUGCGGUUCACGAUCUACGACGUCCUCACAACGUAUAUAUCGCUCGCGCCUAGUUGCGAGGGGGACUCGACUUUCGUUGUUGAGAGUGUCACGGCGUUUGGGCCGAGGGAAAAGAAAUUACCACAUAUGCAAUCGGAUUAUUUAGCCUUUCAGAGCCUCUCACAGCAGCUUGCAAAGAUGGUGCAGUCCGAUCCCAAGGUGUCAAUCCAAGCUCUCGUGGACCUGCUCUGUUCGUAUCAGGGUUUAUUCGUGGACCGCUGUUCGACUUGCGAACGCGUACUCUCGGCCGAGGGGCAUGUUCCGCCCGUGGGACGAAUUUGGGUGAGUGAUCGCGGCGGCGGUGUUGGUAUUGAGAAUAGUACGGAUGAUAAUUCCGAGGGGAAUGGCUCCACUCGUGGUGGGACUGGGAGUGAGAUAACGAUUGAGGGCGCUAGUCGCAAUGAGGAUACGGGCCAUGGAAGGACGAGGUGGAAGAAGAAGAUUGGGGGUCGAUGGGAUCCCCGCCAUGUCACUUGCAUGCAUGGCUGACCCACAUUGCAAUUGCCUUGUUCUAGAGCCCCUAAUAUAGUUUGAUAAUACGUUUUCGGUGCUUAUGAGUACUAUUUAAUUAUUUGAUUAUUUGACGAUUC